AUGUCGUCUAAAAGGAUAAUGGGAAAAGUUGCUCCUGCUUUCGAAAUUCGUUUCAACGGUACAGAUUCGGUUAUUUAUGCUAAUAAUAAUUUACUUUUUGAUUAUACACAUUCAAAGCAGGCGAUUGAAUCUGUUCCAAUACAUCCAAGUAUUAACUCAAAUGAACGAAAUAUACCGGAGCCUUUCAGAAAACGUGACAAAAUCCCUCGAUACUCUGGUAAUGCUUCUGAACAUCCUAUAAAUAACGUUAAUAUACCACCACAAAAACCUUCUAGUGCUGAUGUACGAACUUCACCUUCAACACUCAACAAACAAUAUACUAAAAAUAAUGGUGAUAGUUUUCAUGGUUCUCAAUUAAAGACAUUAAAAGAUGUCAAUAAUUCGAGUAGUUCAUCAUCAAAUGCGACUGAUAUUCCUACAACAAAAGUAAAAUCAUGGAAUAAUUCUGUUGGCCCUGAAACUGAAAAACAAGAUCGUGUGACUGCUGGUAAGAUUGAAAAAGACGCAUUUAUGGAUAAUAAUAAUCCAGAUACGAGUACAACAAGCUCAACUAUAGCAUUUGAUUCAGCUAUACGGAUCAGUCAAUUAACAAAAAAACGCCCAUUAUCUGAAGAAAGUGGUAGUGAAAAGGAAAAUGUCGAUGUUGACGCUGAUAAUGCUAUUCAAACUCCUUAUUCAAAUAAGGAUUUAAAUGGUACUACUGAAAUGACCAGUCAUCUUUCUGUCGAUGGUAUAGCUACUCCACCUGCUACCCCACCUAGAAGUCCUCCUAUGACUCCAAUGAUCGCUCAAACUCCUCCUAGCAGUGGCUCUCCAAUGACUCCAAUGACAGCACAUACACCAAUUAAUAACGGGCCAAUACCAGAAACUGCUAAUGUGACUACACAGACUUCACUUAAUGGGUCAAUAUCAGAAACUGUCACCAAUGAAAGUGUUCAUUUAUUAAGUCCACAACCAUCGAAUGAUUCUCCAAUAGUAGAAUCAACCUCUAUGGAAACUACGGAAACACAAAUUCAACAAACUCGUGCUCCAAGAAUGUCAAAAUCUCGUCCGAUCAUCACAGCUUAUUCAUUAGAAUUACAAGAACAACUUGAUUCUGAAUCACCAAUAAAUGAUGAACCUUCCAAAAAAUCCAUAAUUUCUCAUGAUGAUAUGAUCAUACCUACUUUAGCAAAAAAACUUAAAAUGAAUGGACAAUUACCUUAUUCUAAUCAUGAAGCUCUGUUAGGAGUUAGUGAUGAACCUGAUGAAUCUGAUAAAAUUAAACCAAGACCAGAAUCCGGUUAUAUGGAUGUAACUGAUCAAGUUGAGAAUCUUUUUGAGGAUGUAAAUGAUCAAUUUGAAGAUGAAUUACAAAAAAGUACGAAAAAACGAUCGUCAGUCGCAAGUUAUCAACGGCGUCGGCGAAAAUCUGCGCCCAGAAGACCAACAAGGAAAUCUCGUCCAAAUUCUCGAAGAAAUAGUAAAACAUAUAGUAAUGUUCAAAUACAAACUGACGAUGUAAUUAUUACUCCUGCAAUAGAGGAUGUUCCUUUUAAUGAUGAUCUUAGAAAACGUGAUAGAAAAUCACGAAGAGAAGAAUUUGUAUUUUUAACUAAAUAUGAUGAGGAUGAUGUUGAUAUUGAGCCAGUAACACAUUCCGAAUCACCGACGUCAAUUAUGCCAGCACCACUUGUUCCCGAACAAGAGUCCGUUGAGCAGAAUGAGAUGUCGAAAGAGAUUACUAAUUUACUAACAUUAAUUUUAUUGGUUACCAUGGACGAUGGUUUCGUUAAACGCAAAUCCGUUACUGCGUUGGUACAUACAG